GCCGCAGGAUUUCCGUAGUCAGCUUUUGCUUCGCACGGCAGACGACAGUCACGGGAUUCCCUGUGCUGUGUGAGUCUGUCUGUUGAACACACAGAGCCGUGCUCGCUGUUAAAGGGGCGAGCCUGGAACCGUCGACCAAAAGCCAGAGCCGAACCGGAUCUCUGCUCCUCGAUAGCAUGGCUAACGUCACCAAGAAAGUGUCGUGGUCCAGCCGGGACGAGGGAACCGGGGAGAGCGCUCCGCUUGUAAACGGGGCUGGCAAAGACACUGCACGGUACUCCAGACAGUUUUCGAAUUCCAGUAUUUUGGGGAGGCUGAGUACCGUGGAUCUUGAUGACCAGAGCAGUGAGGACACAGAAACAAGUCAUCUGAAGGAAAUCCCACACAAUGAAAAACUCCUUUCCUCAAAAUACGAGAGCCUGGAUUAUGACAACAGUGAGAACCAGCUGUUUCUGGAGGAGGAGAGGCGGAUGAGCUCCUUGGAGUUUCGCAUGCUGGAGAUCAGCCGUUGGGUGGUGUGUGCUCUCAUUGGGAUCCUCACUGGCCUCGUCGCCUGCUUCAUCGACAUCGCGGUGGAGCAGCUGGCUGGGGUCAAAUACAGUGUAGUCAAACACAGUAUUGAUACCUUCACGGAAGUUGGCGGGCUGUCCAUCUCGCUCAUACUGUGGGCUGCUCUCAAUUCAGCGAUCGUCGUGGUCGGCUCCAUCACAGUUGCCUUCUUCGAGCCUGCAGCUGCAGGAAGUGGCAUCCCCCAGAUCAAGUGCUACCUCAAUGGAGUAAAGAUUCCCCACGUGGUUCGGCUGAAGACCCUCGUUAUCAAAGUGUUUGGAGUGAUCAGCUCUGUAGCUGGAGGUCUUGCAGUGGGAAAGGAAGGGCCGAUGAUCCACUCUGGAGCGGUUAUAGCUGCUGGCAUUUCCCAGGGCAGAUCCACGUCUUUAAAGAGAGAUUUUAAGAUCUUCGAGUACUUCCGCAGAGACACAGAGAAGAGGGAUUUUGUGUCGGCAGGAGCAGCUGCCGGAGUGUCGGCUGCAUUCGGGGCCCCAGUCGGUGGGGUGCUCUUCAGUUUGGAGGAAGGGGCUUCGUUCUGGAACCAGAUGUUGACGUGGAGAAUUUUCUUUGCAUCCAUGGUGUCCACGUUCACCCUGAACUUCUUCUUGGGUAUCUACCACGGCAAAGUGGGAGACCUGUCGAACCCGGGUCUCAUCAACUUCGGGAGUUUCGAGAACGAGGCCAUGGUGUACAAUGUAUACGAAAUUCCUGUCUUCAUAUUCAUGGGGGUAAUGGGCGGCGUUCUCGGCGCAAUCUUUAACACCUUGAACUACUGGCUGACGAUCUUCAGAAUCAGGUAUAUUCACCGGCCCUGCCUGCAGGUGAUGGAGGCUGUGCUGGUAGCGGCUGUGACAGCCACCGUUUCCUUUGCUAUGAUUUACUUCUCCAAUGACUGCCAGCCGCUGGGGGAGGACCAAGCAGAGUAUCCCUUGCAGCUGUUCUGCUCGGACGGGGAGUACAACUCGAUGGCCACAGCUUUCUUCAACACACCAGAGAAGAGUGUACAAAGCCUGUUUCACGACCCUCCAGGCUCCUAUGACCCCCAGACCCUGGGCCUCUUCACACUCAGCUAUUUCCUACUGGCCUUCUGGACCUACGGACUGGCUGUGUCCGCAGGACUGUUCAUCCCCUCCCUCCUGAUCGGAGCAGCCUGGGGCAGGCUCUUCGGGAUCUUCCUGGCCAAAAUGUCAAACGGAUCUAUUUGGGCUGAUCCCGGGAAGUACGCAUUGAUUGGAGCUGCAGCUCAGCUUGGUGGGAUCGUUCGAAUGACCCUCAGUCUGACUGUCAUCAUGGUGGAAGCGACAGGAAACGUCACCUACGGCCUCCCCAUCAUGCUGGUGCUGAUGACGGCGAAAAUAAUCGGCGAUUACUUUGUGGAGGGCUUGUAUGACAUCCACAUUAAACUGCAGAGUGUCCCGUUCCUGCAUUGGGAAGCCCCAGCCACCUCCCACGCUCUCACUGCCCGGGAGGUGAUGAGCUCUCCAGUGACGUGUUUCAGCAGGUUAGAGAAAGUGGGGAACAUCGUGGACGUUCUCAGUAACGCAGCGACGAAUAACAACGGCUUCCCAGUGGUCAGCGAGUUCAGUGCCAGUGAUGAGCCUGGAAGACUCUGUGGUUUAAUUUUGCGAUCACAACUGAUUGUUCUUCUGAAGCACAAGGUGUUUGUGGAGAGGGCCCACUCCAGCCUCAUUCAGAGGAAGCUGCAGAUGAAGGAUUUCCGGGACGCCUACCCUCGCUUCCCCCCGAUCCAGUCCAUCCACGUGUCCCAGGACGAGCGCAAUUGUAUGAUGGACCUGAGCGAGUUCAUGAACCCCACGCCCUACACCGUGCCCCAGGAGACCUCCCUGCCUCGAGUGUUCAAACUCUUCCGAGCUCUGGGGUUAAGGCACCUGGUAGUGGUGGAUGAGGAAAACAGGGUCGUGGGGCUUGUGACGAGGAAAGACCUGGCCAGGUAUCACCUGGGCAAACACGGUCUGGAGGAGAUGCAGAUCUCACAGACGUGAGACCUGGGGCGUGCUGUCGACAUGCAGAGAGAGAGAGACUGACUGAGAGAGGGACUGAGACAGACUGAGACUGCCCGACUGUGAGGAGACUGGCUUCAGCACUCGCAUGGAGCUCCAGGGCUAAGGAGGGGGCGGGGGUGGUGGUUCUUCCAGUUAGGAAACGUUUCAAUGCCUUACAAAUACCUAACCCCAUCAUCCUUAAAACUGUGUAUUUUUACUUUUAAAAAUAAUAUUAGGACUUUUGAGUUUUCCCUUUUAUAAUGUCGCUAAAGCUGUUUUUCUUUUGUAUUUUGCACAAUGAGCUAGGUUUAUUAAUUGUGAUUUUAAUAAACUUUGAUAAAUACACACACAUUAUAUAUAAUGUGUGUAUUUAUCAAGGUCCUUGCCUUUCUGAUCUGGUAGUCUGAAAAGGCACUGGGUUAAUUCCUACUGAAAGAAUUUAAACAGAACCUAUACUUACCAGGAGGCAAAUUACAACAAGCCUAAAAAUACUGCUUCUAACUAAAGCGUUAAUAAAGUUUACAAGUCGCACUGCAGACUGUGCAAUGCUGUCCUUCUUCUGAAAUGCAUUCUGAUGUGAUUUGGUACCCGAAGCCUCUUUUUGUUUUUAUUUAGGUAGGGGGGGUGACAUUUGUAAGUAGUGAUUUUCUCUGGUUCUGUGGCCUUGGGUACACUGCUGUAAGCUUCCAUGGGUUUCAGCUGUUAGAGGAGCAAUGCAAGGCGACAGACCGACGCAGAAAAGGAAUCGCCAGCAGACUGAAGAUCUGUACGAAAAGCUCUCUAGAAAUCCGAGUCCUUGUUAAAUCGUGUUUUAUUUUACGAAACAGUGCAUUACUGACUCUGGAUACCAGCGGUCCCUUUCGUGGUUAGUUUUUCUUCAGGUUAUUAAUUGAAAUAUUUGAUGAUAAAUGUGUGCAGGCUGUGGUUUAUCACAGACUCUUCAGCACAGGGAGCGUCUCUCUCCAGUUACACUGUGGUGCCCGUGGCCUGUUCCUUUCUCUCUGCACUACGAGUCAGUUAUCCUCUUGUGUGGUCCGAGUGCAGAGCUGGGAACAGGUCCCCAACACUCCAGUUACCAUGACAACCCGCUAGGUGUUAUUCCAUUGAUGUGAGUUUGGAAUACGUGCGCAUCGUGUGCACGCCCUUCAGUUUGUGUGCUGUGCUGUAUGUUGUAUUUUUGCGGUGUUACAGUGUAUGUUUUAGCAGACCAUGGACACCAAAGUGAUAUUAAUAUAAUGAUGGAAUUGCAUAUAGAACCUCGUUAAUAAUAAUUCAUCUGCUUAUGAGAUUACAUUUCGAUUGUAUUGAACUUCACAGCUUACUUUGUCGGUUUCCUCCCAGGUCUGUGCUCCUGCAUAUCGUUGUGUGUCACCUUAUUAUAUAUAUAUAUUUUUUAAGACUAAAUUUAAAAAAAUGAAGAUGUUACUUGAUUUUAUACCUCGAUUAUGUGGGGAGUUGUUUCUGUGCACCAAUAAAGCUACUGAUUUAUUAGAAACAAAUGUGUCU